AUGGCCCCGCCCAGCGAGGAGAUCCCCCUGCUCCCACAGCGCUCCUGCAGCCUGUCUUCCUCUGAGGCUGGUGCCCUGCAAGUGCUGCUGCCCUCGCGGGGACCUGGGCCUCCCAGGCGUCUGUCCUUCUCCUUUGGGGAACACUCGGCAGAGGAGCUGUGUGUGAUUGCAGCCGAGGCUAGCGGCAUCUUGCCCGUGUACCACCCCCUCUUCGCUCUGGCCACGGAGGAUCUGUCCUUGUGGUUCCCUCCCAGCCACAUCUUCUCGGUGGAUGAUGCCGGCACCCAAGUCCUGCUCUACAGGCUGCGAUUUUACUUCCCCAACUGGUAUGGCCUGGAUAAGUGCCACCGCUUCGGGCUGCGGAAGGAGCUGGCCAGCGGCGUGCUGGACCUGGCGGUGCUGGAGCACAUCUUUGCCCAGCACCGCGCAGACCUGGUGAGUGGCCGACUCCCCGUGGGCAUCAGCCUCAAGGAGCAGGGCGAGUGCCUCAGCUUGGCGGUGCUGGACCUCGCCCAGAUGGCGCGCCAGCGGGCCCAGCAGCCCCGGGACCUGCUGAAGACGGUCAGCUACAAGACCUGCCUGCCCCCUGGGCUGCGGGAGCUGAUUCAGAGCCUGAGCUUCGUGACGCGCAAGCGCAUCCGCAGGACCGUGCGCCAGGCCCUGCGCCGCGUCGUGGCCUGCAGGGCUGACAGACACUCGCUCAUGGCCAAGUACAUCAUGGACCUGGAGCGGCUGGACCUGACCCGAGUUGCAGAGACCUUCUGCGUGGGCCUCCCCGGGGCCACUGGGGGCCAGACUGCAGUGGGGCUGCUCCAGGUGGCUGGGGCCAGCGGCAUUGCCUGGAGCCCUGGAGGGCAGGAGGCGCUCCAGCCCUUCUGUGACUUUCCAGAAAUCGUGGACAUUAGUGUUAAGCAGGCCUCUCGCGCGGGCCAGGCUGGGGAGCAGCGCCUGGUCACCAUCACAAGGACGGACAGCCAGAUCCUGGAGGCUGAGUUCCCGGGGCUGCCCGAGGCCUUGUCCUUCCUCUCACUGGUGGAUGGUUACUUCCGGCUGACCACCGACUCUCGCCACUACUUCUGCAAGGAGGUGGCACCGCCACGGCUGCUGGACGACAUAGCAGAGCAGUGCCAUGGGCCUAUCACCCUGGACUUUGCCAUCAACAAACUCAAGGCUGAGGGCUCCCUCCCUGGCUCCUAUGUUCUGCGCCGAAGCCCUCAGGAUUUUAACAGUUUCCUCCUCACAAUCUGUGUUCAGACCCCCUUGGGCCCUGAUUACAAGGGGUGCCUCAUCCGGUGCGACCCCAAAGGCAGCUUCUCCCUGGCUGGCCUGGGCCGCCCCCACAGCAGUCUCCGCAUGCUUCUGGCAGCCUGCAAGGAGGGUGGUCUGCACGCGGAUGGUGUGGCGUUGAGCCUUACCUCCUGCUGCGCCCCCAGAUCCAAAGAAAGGACGAACCUGAUCGUGGUGCGAAGCGACUGCAGUCUGUCUGCAUCGCCCCCCGUCUACCCCCAAGUCCAGUGCCAGCUGAGUCAGAUGACCUUCCACAAGAUCCCCGCCCAGAGCCUGGAGUGGCAUGAGAACCUGGGUCACGGGUCCUUCACCAAGAUUUACCGGGGUCAUCGGCACGAGGUGGUGGAUGGGGAGGCCCGGGAUACUGAGGUGCUGCUGAAAGUGAUGGAUGCCAAGCACAAGAGCUGCAUGGAGUCGUUCCUGGAAGCUGCGAGCCUCAUGAGCCAAGUGUCCUACCAGCAUCUGGUGCUUCUUCACGGCGUGUGCAUGGCUGGAGACAGUAUCAUGGUGCAGGAAUUCGUACGUCCGGGGGCACUGGACACCUAUCUGCAGAAGUGUGGUCCCCUGGUGCCGGCCAGCUGGAAGCUCCAGGUGAUCAAGCAGCUGGCCUAUGCCCUUAACUAUCUGGAGGAUAAAGGCCUCCCCCAUGGCAAUGUCUCAGCCCGGAAGGUGCUGCUGGCUCGAGAGGGGUCUGAUGGGAGCCCCCCAUUCAUCAAAUUGAGUGACCCUGGUGUCAGCCCUGCUGUGCUGAGCCUAGAGAUGCUCACAGACAGGAUCCCCUGGGUGGCCCCCGAGUGUCUCCAGGAGGCCCGAACGCUUGGCUUGGAAGCAGACAAAUGGGGAUUCGGGGCCACUGUCUGGGAGGUGCUGAGCGGAAUCACGAUGCCUGUCAGCACCCUGGAUCCUGCCCAGAAACUCCAGUUUUACCAACGACGGCAGCAGCUGCCCACCCCCAAGUGGACGGAGCUGGCCGAGCUCGUCCAGCAGUGCAUGACCUACGAGCCCCACCUCAGGCCCUCGUUCCGCGCCAUCAUCCGGGACCUCAACAGCCUCAUCACCUCAGAUUAUGAGCUCCUCUCGGACCCCAGCCCCGGUGCCCUGACACCUCGGGACGCACUGUGGAGCGGCGCCCAGCUCUGCCAGGACCCCACCAUCUUCCAGGAGAGGCACCUCAAGUACAUCUCUCAGCUGGGCAAGGGCAACUUUGGCAGCGUGGAGCUGUGCCGUUACGACCCGCUGGGCGACAACACAGGCGCGCUGGUGGCGGUGAAGCAGCUGCUGCAGCACAGCGAGCCCGAGCAGCAGCGUGAUUUCCAGCGGGAGAUCCAGAUCCUCAAAGCCCUGCACAGCGACUUCAUCGUCAAGUACCGCGGUGUCAGCUACGGCCCAGGCCGUCAGAGCCUGCGGCUGGUUAUGGAGUACAUGCCCAGUGGCUGCCUGCGGGACUUUCUCCAGCGCCACCGCUCACGCCUGGACGCCAGCCGUCUUCUGCUCUACGCCUCGCAGAUCUGCAAGGGCAUGGAGUACCUGGGCGCCCGUCGCUGCGUACACCGUGACCUGGCUGCCAGGAACAUCCUGGUGGAGAGUGAGACGCAUGUCAAGAUCGCAGACUUCGGCCUCGCUAAACUGCUGCCCCUUGACAAGGACUACUACGUGGUCCAGGAGCCCGGCCAGAGCCCCAUCUUCUGGUACGCCCCUGAGUCCCUGUCAGACAACGUUUUCUCGCGCCAGUCCGACGUGUGGAGUUUCGGGGUGGUCCUGUACGAGCUCUUUACCUAUGGUGACAAGAGCUGCAGCCCCUCGGCCGAGUUCCUGCGGAUGACUGGGUGUGAGCGAGACGUCCCUGCCCUCUGCCGGCUCCUGGAGCUCCUGGCUGAAGGCCAGCGACUGCCUGCACCUCCUGCUUGCCCAGUAGAGGUUCACGAGGUCAUGAAGAGGUGCUGGGCGGACAGCCCGCAGGACCGGCCAUCCUUCAGUGCCUUGGGCCCCCAGCUGGAGGCGCUGCGAAGCGGAGCCCUGGGCUAGUCCCUUCUGCAUGGACCCUCC